UUCAGUUGCGAUGACAAUAAUGACAGCUAUUGUGCUGGUGAUGUUUAUUUUUCCCCCGGUCUACUAAGAACGCUCUCGAUCUCAGACUGUCGGUUGGUAGUUGGUAGCUACGUAGAGAGAUGGUUCAUCGUUUGUUGAUUGUUAUUAGUCUCCUGCUGAUGUUCACUAGAAGGACUGACAAAUAUGCGUCAGUUAUUGAGGAGUGUCCACCCCGCAGACCACAAUAUGGCAACGUUAUGGAACACGUGCUGCCCAAGGGCUACCGAUGGGCUAACGCUACAGUGCCGUACAUUUUGGAUGGCGAUUUCGAUGAUCGUGAGCUAUCUAAUAUAAGAGGAUCAAUGGACUUGUUGACCCGACUGUCUUGCUUGCAAUUCAAACAACGAACGACAGAAAAUCACUAUCUUGUGGUAACGAACAAGCUCGGUACGGGUUGUUGGGCAGAUACGGGCCGCCAACCACGAGGACCAACGUACAUGAACCUUUCACAGCAGUGCACUCACCGUCCCGGUACGAUUCUGCACGAGUUGCUGCACGUGAUCGGUUUGCUGCAUCAACACACACGACCCGAUCGCGAUCACUAUCUGUGCGUUUUGUACGACAACAUACUCGCCCAUCCGGUGGCCCUGUACAACUAUGAGAUUGUUCAUCCUUGGACGGAACUGGCGUUUCCUUUGCCGUACGACUUUGAAAGUAUUAUGCACUACACGCCGGAGAUGUAUAGUGUGGCGCCGGGUCGAUUGGCUACCAUGGUUCCGAGGCAUCCGUGGGGCAUGGCCACCCUAGGUCAACGCGAACGACUGACAGAGUAUGACGUACUCGCAAUACAGUUUCUUUACUGCGUUUCAUGAAUGAGUGGUGUUUCUUGUUAAAGAC